UUCAGUAAUAUUCCCCUUCCCAAAGAAAUAAAACAAUCAAUCUGUCUCUCUAUAACCAAAAAACUAUGAGGCUUCUUCUCUUCCUCUUUCUAUUUUUCCUUUCAUUAAUCACCUCAAGCCACACACUCAAUAUCCCCUCAAAAUCAUUAUUACCACUUGACCAAACAAGCCUAAAAAACCUUAACAAUGACACAAUCUACAAAAUAUCAAAACAACUAUGUUGGAAUUGCUUAGGUGAAGCCAUUCAAUUCUUGUUUCAUCACAAUCUUGUAAGAGCAACAAAAAUGGAACUACCCUUAACAUGGGAUUCAAAUCUUGAAAAUUAUGCAAAAUGGUGGGCAAGUCAAAGAAGACAAGAUUGUAAGCUUGUGCAUUCAUUUCCAGAAGGUUAUUUUAAAUUAGGUGAAAAUAUUUAUUGGGGUAGCGGAAAUACUUGGACUCCAACAGAUGCUGUUAAUGCUUGGGCUGAUGAACAAAAGUAUUAUGAUUAUGCAUCAAAUUCUUGUGCUGAAGGGCAAUUAUGUGGGCAUUAUACACAAAUUGUGUGGAAGAGUACAAGGAAAAUUGGAUGUGCAAGAGUUGUUUGUGAUAGUGGUGAUGUUUUUAUGACUUGUAAUUAUUUUCCUCCUGGGAAUUAUGUUGGUGAAAAGCCAUAUUGAGGGUGGAUGGAUAAUGUUUAGUAGUUAUACAUUAUACUUGAUUCAAAUUGAUAAUAUGUAAUGACUUUUCCUUUGUGAUAUGGGUGAUUAAUAUAUAUAUUAAGUACAA